CAGAAACAGAAACCGAGAACUCCUCUCUCUCUCUCUCUCGCCCCCGGCUGUCCGCUUGCGAUCUUGAGGAAGAGACUGUGACAAGGCCAUGGACGAAGACAAGAAAAAGUCUGAGCAGCCGGAAGGUGGCGAUGGUGGAAACAAAGGGAAGGACCAGAAGGUGUCCUUCUUCAAGCUGUUUGCCUUCGCUGACCGCCUCGAUGUAAUUUUCAUGGUGGUCGGCACCAUCUCCGCCGUCGCCAGCGGGCUCUCGCAGCCUCUCAUGACCCUCAUAUUUGGGAAGCUCAUCAACUCUUUCGGCUCCUCCGACCGCGACCACGUCGUUAAGGAAGUCUCAAAGGUGGCCGUCUUGUUUUUGUACUUGGCUCUCGGCACUGGAGUCGCUUCUUUUCUCCAGGUAGCUUGUUGGAUGGUCACUGGAGAGAGGCAAGCGACGCGGAUUCGAGGUUUAUACUUGAAAACAAUACUAAGACAGGACAUUGCCUUCUUCGACACUGAAACAACGACCGGAGAGGUCAUUGGGAGGAUGUCGGGAGACACCAUUCUCAUUCAGGAUGCAAUGGGAGAAAAGGUUGGCAAGUUUGUACAACUGCUGGCGACAUUCUUAGGAGGUUUCGCGGUCGCUUUUACAAAAGGAUGGCUUCUUGCCUUGGUUCUCCUCACUUGCAUUCCUCUCAUCGUUAUUGCCGGAGGCUCCAUGGCGUUGAUCAUGUCUAAAAUGUCGAGUCAAGGGCAGGUUGCCUAUGCAGCAGCUGGAAAUGUUGUAGAGCAGACUGUGGGGGCGAUUAGAACGGUUGCAUCCUUCACGGGAGAAAAGAGAGCGAUAGAAAAAUAUGACAGCAAGCUGGAAGUUGCAUAUAAAGCCAGUGUAAAACAAGGGCUCGUGUCCGGCACGGGGCUUGGAGUUGUUCUGUUAAUUGUGUUCUGCACUUACGGACUUGCUGUGUGGUACGGAUCCAAGUUGAUCAUAGAGAAAGGAUACAAUGGCGGGCAAAUCAUCAAUGUCAUUAUGGCCAUUAUGGUUGGCGGACUGUCCCUGGGCCAGACAUCUCCUUGCCUAAGUGCAUUUGCAUCGGGACAAGCCGCAGCGUACAAGAUGUUUGAGACCAUUGAUAGAAAACCACUUAUCGACUCCUAUGACACCUCUGGAAGGAUAUUGAAUGAUAUAAAAGGUGACAUUGAGCUUAGGGAUGUUCAUUUUAGGUACCCGGCGAGGCCAGACGUGCAAAUCUUUGCUGGAUUUUCUUUGACGGUCCCAAGCGGCAAAACUGCAGCUCUGGUCGGUCAAAGUGGCAGUGGGAAAUCCACAGUCAUCAGCUUGCUCGAGAGGUUCUAUGAUCCUGAUUCUGGUGAAGUGCUCAUCGAUGGCGUCAAUUUGAAGGAGCUUCAGCUUAAAUGGAUCAGGGAGAAAAUUGGAUUAGUUGGUCAGGAACCUGUCUUGUUUUUAACAACUAUAAGAGAGAACAUAGCCUACGGAAAGGAAAACGCAACUGAUGAGGAAAUCAGAAAAGCGAUUCAACUUGCCAAUGCUGCAAAAUUUGUCGACAAGCUGCCGAAGGGCCUUGACACAAUGGUAGGAGAGCAUGGGGCACAAUUAUCCGGCGGACAAAAGCAGCGAAUCGCCAUAGCAAGGGCCAUUCUAAAGAACCCAAGAAUCCUCCUCCUUGAUGAAGCAACAAGUGCACUUGAUGCAGAAUCUGAACGAGUCGUUCAGGAUGCCUUGGAGAAUGUCAUGACGAACCGAACUACUGUUAUAGUCGCACAUCGCUUGACAACUAUCAGAACUGCAGACACCAUUGCAGUUGUGCACCGAGGCAAGAUAGUGGAGCAAGGAACUCAUGAGGAGCUGAUCCAGGACCCUGAGGGGGGCUACUCGCAGCUUGUCCGUUUGCAAGAAGGAAACAAAGCCGGCGAAGAGAAACUUGGCCAGGUAGAUACGAAACUGGAUACGAAUUUUGAAGCCGACAAGUUACUGGUUAGAACCAUUAGCAAAAACUCAUCUGGUAGACCAUCCAUGAGGAAAUCUAUAAGCAGAGGUUCAUCAGGAAGCCGCCACUCUUUUGCUCUUGGCUAUGGUGUUCCCGGUCCAAUCAAUCUCGUCAACAUGGGUGAAGAGGAGGAACAAUAUGAGAGAACUGAACUGGACAAUGAGAAGCGUCAGAGUGUAUCCAUCAGACGUCUUGCAUAUUUGAACAGGCCGGAGUUGCCGGUUCUGGUUCUCGCAUCCCUUGCAGCCUUGAUACAUGGAGUGGUGUUUCCGAUAUUCGGGCUCUUGCUGUCUUCUGCUAUCAAAAUGUUCUAUGAACCUCCGGAACAACUAAAGAAAGACUCCAAUUUCUGGGCGCUCGUUUACAUCGGUAUGGGAUGCAUCACUCUAGUAGCCGUGCCGUGUCAGAACUACUUCUUCGGAAUUGCUGGUGGCAAGUUAAUUCGAAGGAUACGAUAUUUGAGUUUUCAGAAGGUUGUACACCAACAAAUCAGUUGGUUCGAUGAUCCUGCUAACUCAAGUGGUGCAAUUGGUGCGAGAUUGUCCACUGACGCAUCAACGGUGCGGAGUCUCGUUGGCGACGCAUUAGCUCUGAUUGUCCAAAAUAUAGCAACAGUUACAGCGGGAUUGUUCAUAGCAUUCAUAGCAAACUGGAUGUUGGCUCUCAUAGUUCUUGCAGUGUCACCUUUGAUACUCGCUCAAGGAUUUGUCCAAGCGAAAUUCCUGAAGGGUUUCAGUGCAGAUGCCAAGGAGAAAUACGAGGAAGCUAGUCAAGUGGCGAAUGAUGCGGUCGGUAGCAUCCGGACGGUGGCGUCCUUUUGCGCCGAGAAAAAGGUGAUGGACUUGUACGAAGAGAAAUGUCAAGGCCCAAAGGAGCAGGGCGUCCGGCUUGGGGUUGUGAGCGGGAUUGGAUUUGGCUUCUCCUUCUGUGCGCUCUACUGCGUAAAUGCGUUCUUGUUCUACAUUGGAGCUAUACUGGUGCAACAUGGGAAAGCAACCUUUUCAGAAGUUUUCAAGGUGUUCUUUGCUUUAACAAUUUCGGCAGUCGGGGUUUCCCAGAGCAGCGCGAUGGCCCCAGAUACUAACAAGGCGAAAGAUUCGGCUGCUUCGAUCUUUUCCAUUUUGGAUAGCAAGCCUCAGAUAGACUCGAGCAACGAUGAAGGAAUUACGCUGGAGAAUGUAACUGGAAACAUAGAGUUGGAACACGUCAGUUUCAAAUAUCCGACAAGACCAGAGUUCCAAAUCUUCAAAGACUUGUCCCUGACCAUCCCCGCCGGCAAGACCGUUGCUUUAGUCGGAGAAAGUGGCAGCGGGAAAUCGACAGUGAUUAGUCUUAUUGAGAGAUUCUACGAUCCUGAUUCCGGCCGUGUGCUUUUAGAUCAUGUGCUGCUUCAAAAGUUCAAGCUUAGUUGGCUGAGGCAACAGCUAGGUUUGGUAGGCCAAGAGCCUAUCCUCUUCAACGAAACAAUCCGCGACAACAUUGCUUACGGUAAGCAUGGCGGCGCCACUGAGGAUGAGAUCAUUGCUGCUGCAAAGGCAUCGAAUGCACACAACUUCAUAUCUUCCCUGCCUCAAGGUUAUGACACAUCAGUUGGUGAGCGAGGAGUGCAAUUAUCUGGUGGACAGAAACAGAGGAUAGCUAUUGCCAGGGCUAUUUUGAAGAAUCCCAAGAUACUUCUGCUUGACGAAGCCACGAGUGCAUUGGAUGCGGAAUCGGAGAGGAUCGUGCAAGAGGCACUAGACAGGGUUAUGGUGAAUCGGACAACUGUAGUUGUGGCUCACCGCCUUACGACGAUAAAGCAUGCCGAUAUAAUUGCGGUUGUAAAGAAUGGAGUUGUUGCCGAGCAGGGUAGGCACGACACUCUGAUGAAGAUAACUGACGGCGCUUAUGCGUCGUUGGUGGCACUUCAUGCAAGUGCUUCAAAGUGAAGGCUUCUAUUCAUAACAAAGGAUAAUUAAAUCAGACAUCAUUGCAAUUCUUUUCUUGUAGUGGACAAUACUCAUAUAAGAAUCUUCCUGAGGCCACACUUUCGAAAAAGAUGUGAACAAGUAUUUGGACAGUUCAUCUUAUGGCCUAUUGAAUGCAGCUGUUGCACGACUAAAUUGUUAUGGUCCUGGA